AUGCAGGAACCAGCACCAACCAUGGGAAUGCCCGUUUAUUAUUACAAGAGAAAACAAAAGUGGACCCAGUCUAGACCUUUUCUUUGCACAUGCAUGUUUCCAAAGCAGCCGCCGGGCCCGGCUUUUCGGUUCGUUUUGGGAGGAAAACGGCGUUUGCUGGUGUUGGAGGUGCCGGCUCCGCGUGACCGUGGCUGUGCUCUGCCCGCAGCCCUGCACGUGUCCCUCGUGUUCGCGCCGGAGCGUGGCCUGCUCGCCUUCAUCCACAGGGCCCUCGGCGUCGAGGAGUUAAGAGACUGCAGAGAAGAAGCGCUCAAGUUUCUAUGUCUCUUUCUGGAAAAGAUUGGGGAGAAGGUUCAUCCUUACGCCUGCAGCGUCAAGCAAAUUUGUAUUAUUGUUUAUACAAAAGAGAGGACAGCAAAGUGUAAAAUUUCAGCUGUGGAACUUCUGAUGAAGUUGCUCCAAAAUUUACGAGGUUCCUACCUAAUGGAAGAAAUGAAGGUUGGAGAGAUCUUUAAUAAAUUUUAUGGAGAGCUCGCUAUAAGAAGUAAAAUUUCUGAUACAGUUUUGGAGAAGAUAUAUGAGCUUUUGGGAGUUUUGGGAGAGGUCCAGCCUAGUGACAUGAUUAACAACUCUGAAAAGCUAUUCCGAGCUUAUUUGGGAGAACUUAAAACACAGAUGACAUCAGCUACAAGGAAAGCCAAAUUAACUAUUGUAGCAGGCUGCCUGAGGGGACUGACUGCGCUCAUGUACAACUUCACCAAAUCAGACAAUGAAGAUGCUCAGACGUCGAAGGAGAUUUUUGAUUUUGCAAUGAAAGCAAUCAUGCCGCAGGUGGAUCAGAAGCGAUACGCAGUGCAGCUAGCUGGUCUACAGUUGUUCAGCCGGCAUGCUGCUCAGUUCGGUACCUUCCUCCUGGACAACUAUGUCUCACUCUUUAAAACAAUAUGUAAAUGGUGUGGCCAUACAAAUCAGGAGCUGAAGAAAGCGGGUCAUUCUGCCUUAGAUUCAUUUCUUAAGCAGAUUUCUUUAAUGGUAGCUAAGGAUGCUCAGCUGCAUGAGAGCAAAUUGCAGUUCUUCAUGGAGCAGUUCUAUGAAAUCAUCAGAAGAAUGGAAUCGAGCAACAAGGAGUUGUCCAUUGCCAUUCGUGGAUAUGGGCUUUUUGCAGCACCCUGCAAAGCUAUACGUUCUAAGGACGUUGACUACAUGUAUGUUGAGCUGCUUCAGCGCUGCAAGCAAAUGUACCUCACAGAGGCAGAGACAGUAGAUGACCAUAUAUAUCAGCUACCAAGUUUUCUCCAGUCCAUUGCAAGUGUGGUAGUCCAUGUAGACACA